GAUCCCCAAUCUCCAGUUUUAACCAUCCGAUUUCACCAGAAGGCCUAUCACUCAGUCACGGCCGUCUAUCGUGUCCAUGGAUCAAGCUAAACAGGUGACCCAGAAACUCCAUAGAUCGGCACCGUCGUCCCGCCAAACCGUCAAGUUCUUGACGGCCACUACGAUCGGCGCGACUCUGCUGCUGCUCUCUGGGUUAACCUUAACCGGGACAGUGAUGACCUUAAUCGUGGCUACGCCGGCUUUUGUCCUGUUUAGUCCGAUUCUGGUCCCGGCGGGGAUAGUGGUCCUCGUGGCCGCAGCCGGAUUAUUGUUCUCCGGCGGGUGCGGCGUGACGGGGAUGUCGUGGAUAUAUGAUUAUGUUGCCCGAAAACACCCGCCGGGAAAGGAGCAGCUGGAUUAUGCGGGGACAACAGUCGCCGGCAAAGCUAGGGAGUACGGAAAGUACUUGCAGAGCAAGGCUCGGGAGGCUGCUCAUGUCUUGAUGAAUAUAUAUAUAUUGAGCGACGGCGACGGGGGAUUCUUUAGCGUGCGUGAAUCAAUUGCAAGCUUCUAGAGUAAAUGGUGUUAUCAUACAUUGCAAACAAGAGUCAUGCACAAGCUAGGUUGCAUGAUUGAGAGGGACUUUUGAUCAUUUAGAGUUGAAUAAAAAUGAUGUGCUUUAAAAAUAGAAAGAAUUCCACACCUUAGCUUAAGUACACUAUUAUACAAAACACUAAUACAAAGAAUAGUGAAAUUUAGUUCUUUGUAUUCAAUUUUUAUAUGUAGUGUAGUGACCCAGAAAAUAAUAGUAUUUUAAAAUGAUAAGAGGGAGGAAAAUGGAAACAGGAACAGAAGGAGGCAGUAGACUUCGUCGACAACAUCGCAUUUUGGAGAAAUAAAAUUUCAGGAAACUACCAAACUUCGUCGACAAAUACAGGAUUUCGUCGACGAAGGUCUUCAUAAUCUCAUCGACGAGGUCGCAUUUCAUCGACGAGAAAAAACCGAGCGAAGGUUUGGGCUGCUCUGAAUUUAGUCGACAAAGGAUAAGGUUCGUCGACGAAUUUACUGAAGGACUCGUCGAUGAGGUGACGUGUCUCGUCGACAAAUCUGACCCUAUAAGUAGUGAAAAAUCAUAUUUUUAUCACAUUUCAGUGCCUCUCUCUCUCUCCUACGGCCCCUCUCACUUCUCUCUUUGAUUUCAGCCCCACCAGUCGCCGUAUCAACGAUCUGAAGCCACCACGACGCUCCUGGCGAAGUUCUCUACAAGUCUUCUGGAGCGGAUUGUUAGUAAAAUGAAAUUGGAUUUCAUUUCAAAUUCAGGGUAAUGCCUUUUAGUCCAUUUUUGGCCAUAUGACAAUUAUAAGAAAUGAUGUAAGCGAACAAAUACUGAUAUUUUAUUCUGACAAACGUUGUUUUUAGGGUGUUAUGUAGGAGGCCCUACGAAUGUUAGGCCAGUAUACCAUAGGGGCUUUUCAGUAGUCAAGUAAGGGAAAUAUGCUAUGCUAGGAAAUUUUGAAAUAUUAUACAGUUUAUUAAAUUAUGAAAAUUAUGUAUUAAAGUAUGGUGUGGCUUGAAAAUAUGAAUAUAGUACGGUGAUAUAUUUUAUGAAUUUAA